UUCACUUGAAAUGUUUGCAGCCGAAGGGAAUCCCUAGAGGUGAGUGGCAUUGUACUAGAUGCUUGUCAUUUUGCAAUGGGAAGCCUUUGCCCCCCAAAUACGGUCGUGUCAUGAGAAGUAUCAGUGUACCCAAAGUGCCUUCUAGCUCAGCUGAACCUCAGUCAUCUUCGGAGAAGAAAGUAGAAAAUCUGGGUCCAUUGAUCAAUCAUGAGAAGGUAACUGAAAAUGGAAGCUCAGCGUUGCAGACUCCUGCUGUGUUCACUACAGUUGACAGCAACUCUGUUGAGUCAGCAUCAGGUUCCAAGGUUCCAAAAGGGAACUCAACAAAACCUUUGGAGGCUGUAUGUGAUUCUACUUCUGUUGGCACAGUAACUCAAAAAGCCGAAGAACUUUCUCAAAUGACUGAAUCAUCUAAUCAUGAAGAAAGAAAAGACCUUACAACAACAUCACAGACUGUGGAUACAUCAUCUAACACUAUCAGCGACAAGGCAGAGCAUUCACAGCCUUCACAUAUCAAUCAAGAUAUCCAAACAGAGCAGCAAAACUGUGCUGAAAUUCCAUCAAAUAAUUACCAUGGUGAAAGUUCCGGAGUUAAAAAUUUGGAGAAAGGUUCGGAAGGAGAUAUUGACUGCAUUAAACAGAUUGAUCAGACUGAACAAGGUGCUGCAGCUGCACAAGUAAAUCCUACUGCAAAUUAUGAAGCUAAUACUGAGAUUUCAAGGCAUCCAGAGUUUUCUUCUGAUGGUUUGCGAGCUGUUGAAUGGGUUGGUGACAUACUUCAAGUUGUGGAUGAGAAAAAGUUUUACCAGUCUUGUUCCAUUGAUGGCAUAACUUAUAAAGUUCAUGAUCAUGCCCUUGUUCAUUUUGGCCAGGAUAAAUUGAUACCAUCUAAGCUUCAGGCAAUGUGGGAGGAUGCUAAAACUGGGACAAAGUGGGUGGUUGUCAAAAGGUGCUACUUUCCUAGUGAUUUGCCGGAGGGUGUCACUCAUCCAUGCACUCCUGAAACCAGUGAGGUUUAUGAAUCUAAUAAUGAUAGCACUGUAAUGGCAAGCUCGAUUCAAUGCCCGUGUGAAGUUCUUCCUUCCGCUAAAGUCAAAGAAGAAAGUGGGAGGCGAAGUCAGUCGGGAAUUGAAGCAAAUGAAGGAUUUAGGGAAAUUUUCUUAUGCAAAUGGCUUUACGAUGAAUUCCAAUGAGGCUUUCAGCCUAUAUCAAGUUAAAUUCAGUUAUGCAUCUCCUUACUUAGCAUGCCAUGAUUUGUUGACGUAGCAAAUUAUAUCCGCCGCUCGGAUCAGGUAAACAUAGUAACGACAUAUCGAUUUUGU